AUGUCCAAAUAUGGGGAAGUAGAUAAUAAUGGUAUAUCAGUUCAAAGUGCACAUUUUCAAUGGUUAAAAAAUAAUCAAAGUAGAUGCAUUGAAAAAAUUGAUAAAAGUAUUAGUUCAUUUAGUAAUAAAAAUUGUGUAAAGGAUUUUUCAGCUAAAAGUGGAAUGUUUAAUGGAUAUAGUGGUUGGUUUACUCAAGUAUUUGUAGACAAAGAAUUAAAGCAAAGAAAUGAUGUUGAUAUCGUGGAAGAAGAUUGUAUUAUGACAAUUCAGCAUGUCAUUCGACGUGAUGCCCAACUUCAACCACCUGAAGGUUUGGAUCGAAUAGAUCAAGCAAAAUUUCCUUUAGAUGGACAAUAUAUAUUUCCUAAUACUGCAGGACAAGGUGUUAAUAUUUUUAUAGUAGAUACUGGAGUUCGUAUUACUCACCAAGAAUUUGAAGGACGCGCUACAUUUGGGGGUUCUUUUUGUGCUGGUUGUAAUAAUCAGGAUGAAAAUGGACACGGGACCAAUGUUGCUGCGAUUGCAGCGGGUAAAACUUUUGGCGUCGCAAAGAAGGCAAAUAUUAUUGCUAUAGGAGUUCUCGGUGCUAAUGGUGGUGGUGCAGUUUCCGGCAUUCUCAAUGGACUAUCGUUCAUUCAAGAUAAUCAUACCAGUGGAAAUAAUAAAAAUUCAGUAGUCAACAUGUCUCUUGGAGGAAAUUUUUCAACAGCGUUUAAUACAGCAGUCCAGAAACUCACAGUAGCUGGAAUCCACGUAGUUGUAGCAGCAGGAAACAAUGGUAAAGAUGCAUGUCAAACUUCACCAGCAUCCGAACCAUCGGCAAUCACCGUCGGAGCCACAGAAGACACAUCAGAUGACCUUACAAAUUUCUCCAACUUUGGAAAAUGUGUUGAUAUUUAUGCGCCAGGUAGAAACGUUGAAGGAGCAGGCAUUAAUAAUAAUACAGAUACUAGCAUAAAAUCAGGCACUUCCCAAGCAACACCGCACGUCGCUGGUACACUUGCACUUAUUAUUGCCAAAAACGGUAACCAAAGCCCAGCAGCCAUGGCCAAAACGUUGAGUAAUUUAUCAACUAAAGGUGUAAUAAUAUUCAGCGGAAAUGCUGCUAAUACUAGUAUAAAUAAUUUUUUACGUGUGCCGGCACCAUAA